AUGAACGACGACGCAGAUCAUCAUGAAUCUGAGGUUCCCGAGAUGCUAGAGACACAGCAAGAGACCCAAGAAGAGACCCAGUCAACGCAACCCGCAUCACAACGGGAAGGGACCAUGGACGCUCAUCUCUGGGGCUACCUUCAGCCAUGUAACGCGGCGUUGACUCGGAUGGAUUUUUGGAAGAUACGUCCGAAAUACACGAUUGGCAGAAACCAUGACGGGAACGAGAUAAUCCUGCCUGGCUUCAAAAUCAGCAACUAUCAUUGUGUGAUUAUGUGGGAUGGGAAGGAGGAUCGGACGUCGUGCGUGACUGUACAGGAUCUGUCGAGCAAUGGCACCUUCAUCAACGGGGUCAAGAUCGGCCGGGGCAACACCAAAAUCCUGCGCGAAGGAAGCGAGCUUGCGUUCGGAACCUCUACCCCUCAGAUUGUGAACGGGGGCAUUGAAGAUUAUCGCUUCGUGUAUCGCCACCUCGCGGCUGGACCGCCAACGGAAGGCCUUUACAAGUAUUACGACCUGUGCAAUGAACUCGGCAAGGGCUCCUUCGCCACCGUGAUGAAAGCCGUUCAUCUCGCUACCGGAGAGUGGGUCGCCAUCAAGAUGAUCCAAGACAAGAAGGCGAACGCCGCCGGGACGAAUGCGAACGCUGAUGGGAAUGGAACAACCAAGCACCAAGCCUUCAUGCGCGAAAUCAGUAUUAUGGAACACCUCAAGCACCCGAAUAUCUGCGAGCUCAAGGAGGUAUAUAUACAGCCGAACGGAGAUAUUAAUCUCGUGUUGGAACUCGUCGAAGGAGGAGAUCUCCUAGAUUACAUAUUGACUCGCCAUGGCUUAGGCUCAUUCAAACCCACAGUGGAGGACGAUGCGAAGCACAUAACCUAUCAAAUAUGCGAUGCGCUUGCUUACAUCCAUUCGCUUGGAGUCGCUCAUCGUGACUUAAAACCUGAGAACAUCCUUCUCACCAGCGACAAGCCUCCUCGUGUAAAGGUUGCUGACUUUGGGUUGGCCAAAGUAGUGGAUAGUCUUACUAUGCUCCGGACGAUGUGUGGUACUCCCAGCUAUCUUGCACCCGAGGUCGUGAGGCAGCAGAACGCAGAAGGCUAUGACAACCUUGUCGACAGUUGGAGCGUCGGCGUCAUCGUUUUCUCUAUGCUCACGAAUGCCGGUCCUUUCAUCGAAGAUGAGAAUCAGCGGGACAUCCGUAUGCGGAUCAUCGAACGCCAAAUUGACUGGGACACUCUUCAUAACUCUAAUGUUAGCCAGGAAGCUCAAUCUUUCAUCCGCUCUCUCCUUGUUGACGACCCGCGUCGUCGUAUGACUCUCACCGACGCCCUGCACCAUCCCUGGCUCGCAAGCUACACGCCCGUCUAUACACCUUCCCCUUAUCUCCAACAGCACCCUAGUACGGGCAGUUCCAUCCCUAGCGACGACUUUUCCAUGCUCUCCGACAUCCUCGAAGGAGAUGAACCCGGGUCUUCGAACAAUAUUGUGGAUAUCAAACGUGAAGGCUCGCGCUCGCAGCCACUGCAGCGCAGGGCUCGAGUACUGGAGGAUGCCGCCGAAGGCAAAGGAGAAAUCCUCCAACCCUCGCAGGAAAUGAUCAACGCCGUCCUUCUACUAGAGCCGGCGAACGCUGCGCAGAAGAUUGAUCGCAAGCGCGCUCUGGACGAGGACGCGGAGAUGGAGAGUGCCGCUGAAGAGGAUGUUGUGAACAGCAGGAAGAAGGGCAAGGGCGUGAUCGAUGACGUCGCAUCGCCAAGGGCAAAGGGGAGGGGGAGGGGGAAAGCCAAUGGUGGCGUCAGCAAAGUCAAGGGAGGUACUGGGAGGACGAAGGUAUCGGUCCCUGCUGUUGCGGAUGUAAGUGAGGAUGACGGAUCUCCGGCUACACGCUUACGACGGUCGUCUCGACACAGCCAACCCACUCCUCAGAAGCUUCCUAGGUUCAACUGA